AUGAAUGGUCAUGGGGGCGAGCCUUCAAUAGCUAGCCGUAACGGUUCUGUAACGAAGCAACAUUGGAGAAAGCGGAGUGCUAUCGUCUCUUCGCAGGAUGUAAAGGCGGUACUAGAAUCGGUAGAAGGAGAAAACGACGUCGAUAAGUCUAUUGAGAAUACCGAGUCUCGAAAGAAUGCCCGAAGGAAAAGGCAGUUUAUUUAUUACUCGUUGGUUGGUGUAUUGAGUUUGUUCGCUGCAAGCGUUAUCCUAUAUUCAUUUUACUUCUUUGUAAAUAAACAUAGAUUUCAUGGAUUCGUAAAACCAACUGAAAAGCAUCGGUUAAGUUCGUCUCAAUUUGAUGAUGGAAGCUUGAUGCCAUUCGCCCAGGAAAUUGAAUGGGUUAAUUCAAAGGAAGGCGUUGUACUAUAUUACGAUCGAAGUAACUAUCUUCCUGUAUUUUUUCUUCCUCAUGGCGCUCCAAAUGGACCCAGCAUGCAUCCUUCGACACUCCAUAUUCAUGAAAUAUGUGACUCGCUAACACAGAAGGUGGUUUCGUCCGAUUUGGAAUAUGUGGCAUACUUCUGUAGCAGGAAAAAGAGGUGGAGAUAUUCAGUGUAUAAUGAAAUAUAUAUUUUGGAGCGAUCCACUGGUCGGGUUACCAAUUUAAAGCAAAAUUCUCAAAUUAUCGUAGCCGAAUGGGCACCUGUGGGCCAUCGAAUGGCAUUUGUCGAUGGCUCUAACUUGUAUCUUUGGCAAGGAAUUGAUAUUCCAAUUAUUCCCGUUACCGAAGUCGAAGAGUCUGAAUAUAUUUUGAACGGAAUAGCAGAUUGGUUGUACGAAGAGGAAAUUUUGAUGUCACCGACAGCUUUAUGGUGGUCUGCAAGUGGUACUUGUCUGUCUUAUUUGUCUUUUAACGAUUCACUUAUACCAAAAUAUGUCAUCUCACAAGACGUUAUUGUUCCAAUUGAGGGCGACGCAUUCACGAAUCAAGAUGCGUUUCGUUAUCCUCGACCAGGUGAUCCCAUUCCAUCUGUUCAGUUAUUGAGUUCUUGCUUUUCUUCUGAUUCUGUUACGCAUCAUCAAGUUCUUACUCCGGAAGAAUCUCCUUUGGAUGAAUAUUAUAUUCAAGAUGUUUGGUGGAUUCAGGAUGAUUCAAUUAUGUUUGUUGAGACCUCAAGAGGUACUUCCCGCAGGCUGACUCAUAAAUACAAUUUGGGUGCUUCCCGUCUUGAUACUCUCAAUGAAGAGGUGGAAGAACAUACUAUACCACCAUGUUCUUCUUUACGAAUACGAAAUAUCGUUUGGCAGUCAAAAGAUGGUUACGUACGUUACAUGGGCAAUUCCCAAAGGAAAAGGCUGGCAUUUUUUAAUUUUGGCGAUGACAGCUUUGUGUAUAUAACGCCGGAUGACUUAUUCGUUUUGGAUUUUUGGUUGGCCGAAAAGUUUAUAUUUUACACUGCUAUCCAUCCAAGUAGAUCUUUUUCUAGUAUUUUCUGUUUAUCCACUGAGUUUGCAACUCAAGCAGAAAUUGAAGUAUCUCCUUCUAAUGGUUCUAAGUCUAUCAAGAUUUCUUCUGAUGCAAAUUACAUGCUGCUUAAUUAUUUAGGUCCUGAAAUACCCACUCAAGCAAUCUAUUCGUUGAAAGCUUGUUUGGAUGACUGGUUAAAUGGUAUUUCUAAUAAUGAUUUCUCCUGGACAGGAGGGCUCGUACCGGAUUUACUCCGUGUUGUGGAAGAUAAUGAAGAAUUACAAGCUGCUUCUCGAAAUUAUGAGUUUCCUUCUAAAUAUACCGAGACAGUGAAUACUCACAAUAUCACUGCUUUCUUUCAAGAAGUAAGACCAGAAAAUUUCGAUCCACGGAAAAAGUAUGCCACCGUUUUCGAAAUAUAUGGUGCGCCAGGUUCCCAAUUGGUUACUGGAAAGUAUGAGAUGGACGCGAACGAAUUGAUGGCAUCUUCCUUGGAUAUUCUCGUCAUAAAAGUCGAUCUGAGAGAAGUUACUACCAGUACCCUAUUGGGAAAUGACUUUUUAGCUUUACCCGCUUACUGGGUUGAUGUACUCGAGUGGUAUACUCAUAAGCCAUAUAUUGACAAUUCACGAUUGGGAAUUUGGGGAUGGAGUUUUGGAGGUUACCUUGUUCUUAAGAUUUUAGAAAUCACGGACAUGAUAUCUUCUGCAAUAAUUGUAGCUCCUGUUGUGGAUUGGCGAUUUUACGAUUCUUAUUAUGCAGAAAACCUUCUUGGUGCUUACUCUGCGGACACUAAAGACAGGUACGAACAGAGUGCUUUGCGUAUCUCUGAAAACAUAAAAAAUAUACGAAAUGUUUUAAUUGUACACGGUGCUAAAGAUGAUAACGUGCACCUCCAAAACACUUAUCACCUAACCUCUUCAUUAAUAAAACAGAACCUCGAGAAUUUCGUGCAGUUAAUUAUUCCUGAAGCAAAUCAUGAUUUUUCUAAUAUUCAAGUGUACCCUUAUUUGAAAAAGAAAAUUGCUACCUUUUUUGGCAGUUGUUUUCAAUAA